UCUUCUGCUCCCUUCUCUUCCCCGAACGCCUCCUCUGCAGCUCCACCUCCACCUUCGCACCCUCGCACCCUCGCACCCUCGCACCCUCGUCCAAGUUUAUGUCCAAAUAGCGCCUCCUCUUCUACCCCUGACUCUAUCGGAACACCCCCGCUCUUUAUCCCUCUACCUCUACAGCAGAAUCUACAUACCCUCUUUUAUACUACCGCCCUUAUCUCCUCACACCAGAUCCAUAUCUAACCCUCCACUCCUUCUCUUUCUCCUCUUCCUCUUCUUCUUCAAAGCCCCCUCUCUUCAUCAUCCACGCCUGCCAUGGUUGCUCCAACCUCCUCCGCUCCUGCUGCUACACAUCUCCAAUUGCUCCUCCAACAGCACCAUGCCCUCCAGCGACGGGAACAGGAGGCCAAAGAGCGACUCGAACAAGAGAAGCAGUUACAGCUGCAACGAGAACAAAAGCACAGCUCAACUCCUGCAUCCUCCGCCUCCUCUUCCUCUUCGUCGAACCUCAAAGCCGAUGCCCAGUCUGUUGCUGCCUACAUGGCGGCCUACAUGAAAUUUGCCGCUGCCAGUGCGGAUCGGGCUCGUGACGAGAGCGCGACGGCAACAUCGACAAUCAAUCCUGUAGUCGCACCAGCCACCAUCGCACCUUCGUCGACCAUGCUCUAUUCGUCCCCACCCUCCCCUUCUCUGUCUUCCUUCUCUUCCUCGACCUCAGCAUCUCCCAAGGUCUCCGCCGCACAGACAAAGGCAGCAUCAAAGUCCGGAAAAUCUCACAGCAAGCAUCCCUCGCUGUCGUUCUCGGACACUGCGGCCGUAGAAGCAUCUUCAGUAGACACAGCCUCCGACGUUUCAAAAUCUGCAAACCCGCACAGGCAAGAGUGUUAUAACUGCGGAGUGACCAAGACUCCGCUCUGGAGACGGACCCACGAUCGUCAGCAUUCUCUUUGUAACGCAUGUGGACUGUAUUAUAAGCAGUACAAGAGCAACCGCCCAUUGGCCAGUCGCUCUUCAAAAGACUCCACAUCCAGUGUGGACUCGACCUCACAGCAGGAACAGCAAUCAAAGCGUCGAAAGAUCAGCGAUGCAGAGAGCGGAGUUUCCGUCAAGAGCGAACCCUCCGCAGAGGGCUCGCGCACCACUCACUUGAAACAGCUCCUUCCUCAUCCGCCUGCCCCUCAGGAGCGCCUCGUCUUGCCGCAAAUGCUGACAACUUCGCACAACCUCAUGGGGGCCCGCGGCUAUGACAGCGAAACCGGGGACCAGAGUGAGACAGAUGAUGAAGAAGGCGAGUGGUCAGAUUCUGAGCAAAUGAAUGAAGAUCCAACGGACCAACGGGGCAAUGAUGAGCGCGAUGUCGAUAUGGCCGAGGCCCAGGCUGAUCACGAAAUGGGCGAGGAUGAUGAUUCGGAUGACUCGGACUAUGGUGGGCACCAGCGGGAAAGCGAGGCCUUGACCGAUACCGAGGAGACUGAAGUCAAGAAGGUUGCCGGAUCUUCAGGGCUCAGGAGCGGCAGAAAGAGCGGCGCCCCACUGGAGUGCGCCAACUGCGGGCAGACUCAGACGCCGCUUUGGAGAAAGGAUGCUAAAGGUCAGCCGAUCUGCAAUGCUUGCGGACUCUAUUCUCGCCUUCACCACAGGGAUCGCCCUAUCACGAUGCGCAAGACCAAGAUCACCCGACGUAAGCGCGACUGGAGUGCGGCCCAUGAGAGGGUGUCAGCAAACAGCCCCAGUGAUCUUGGCAAUUUCGAUAUUGCUAACAAGAAGAAAAAGGAUGCUGCGGCCAAGAAGAAGAAGGAGAAGGCGUCGGUCAACAGCGAUGCCAGCAUGGCUGAGGAUACCAGCAGCAAUGCCACUAAGAAGAGAAAGGAGCAGGUCAUGAGCGAGGGCCAUGUCGAGGUGCGCGCGAUGAACAUCCCUGUCAGCUCUGAGCACGAGUCGGACGACUCGAGUCUUUGUCUGCUUGACCACAACACCGAGGACCAUGCUGUAAGUCAAAGGGUGCGAAGAAAACCGAGGGAAGCUUUCAUGUCCCACAGCGAACGAUACUAACAUUGCGCUGCUCACCAUUGACACAAUAGCAUCUGCCAACGCCUGCAUCGAAUGCCUCGCUAUCGCCCAUCAUGUCGACCUCCAUGUCGUCCAUGGCCCUCGGCAACGGCUCGCUCUCCCCAUCCUUGACAUCGUCCCCUCCCACGCCCGUCCUGGCAUCCCCACACUUCCUCAACACCGCAUCCUCCUUCUCAGGUCUUAGCCCUCUCUUGCUCCAGCAAUACCAGCAGCAGCUUCAGAACCAAGCCGCCUUCAGCGCUGCCGCUGCUGCUGCCGCUGCUGCAGCGACCACACCUACGACCGAGGGUCUCCCCAUGCUGGGCAACAGUUGGAUGUCGCAGUUGUAUCCCCAAUACCC